UGUUGUUGUCGUGUUUUACUCCACGAUUUUGACGCAGCUGACGUGUUGCUAGAAAUUUUUGAUAUUCAUAGUCGUUCUCGUUUCAAAAGUGUUUUCAAUACAAUUUUCUUUCUUCAAUAAAUCCUAAGCAAAUGUAAUUUUUGACUUGUUAAAACUUCUAUUGUAUUCCAAAUUUGUGUAACAUAAAAACUAAAUUCAGAACAUGGCACUCCUAACAAUGAUAGCACGAGUAAUCGAUGGUCUUCCACUGGUAGGAACAAUGCAAGACGAUGAACAGUCUGGCCGAAGUAUAUUAGAAUAUCAAAAUCAAGCGAAAAUGCUUUUUAGAAAAUUGGGCUCACACUCUCCAGCGCGAUGCAGUAUUGAAACAGGACCUUAUCUAUUCCACUAUUUAAUUGAAAAUGAUGUAUGCUAUCUUGUUAUGUGCGAUAAAAUGUAUUCAAAGCGACUAGCAUUUAACUACCUAGAGGAUCUUGCCCAAGAGUUCCAUGGCACGUAUGGCAGACGUGUCAAUUCGGUGACACGUCCCUAUGCAUUUAUCGAAUUCGAUGUCUACAUCCAAAAGGCCAAAAAACAGCUAACAGAUAGAAGAAGAAACAUAAAUACAAUCAACACACAACUACAAGAUGUCCAGAGAAUAAUGGUUCAAAACAUUGAUGAUGUAUUACAAAGAGGCACAGUCUUAUCAGAACUUGAUACGAAAACCCAAAACCUGUCGAUGAUGUCGCAGAAAUAUAAAAAAGAUGCAACUUAUUUAAAUCGUAAAUCUAUGUAUGUUAAAGCAGCAGCUGCGGGAAUUGUUGUUGUAGUGUUUAUAUUAUAUUUUUGGGUAUUAUAAGGAUAAAAGAAAACAGAAAACAAAGAAGCUAAACAAAAAAAAACGAACACACUGUGCAUAAAUUAUUUUUAAAAAAUAUAUAUUAAAUUAAAAAAUUCAACAAAA